AAAAGAGAUGAGGAGGGGAGAUGAUCCCAGGGUCUGUCCUCAGACCUCAUCUCUCACUGUUCUAGAACCUCAACAUCUUCAGUCACUUCUUGGCUCUAAGGCCUCUUUCUAGUCUUCUUUUUCCCCAGUUCUAGUACCAUCCAGGACUGAGGAAAAAGCCCUGGACUGGAAGAAGGGAGAACUAGGUUCAAGUUUCAGUGCUGCCACCAAUUAGCCACGAAACAUUGAGCAAGUCCUUUUAAAUGUAUGCAUUUAUUAAUACCCCACCUUGUUCCAGAAGGGAUUUAGGGUGUCAGUAAUUUUCUUAAUAUCAGGGCUUCAGUUUCCUCAUCUGUAGAUGGUCUAGGUAGUCUAAAUUCAUUCCAAUUCUCCCAUUUUGUGACUCUGAUUCUGAUGAUUUGUUGGUUAUCUCCACUUAGAAGUUCUGCUAACACUUCAUAUUUAGAAUAUGAAAAACUGGGGAUGGAGGUGAGGGAAACCUACAGCCUGUCCUCCUGACAUUGACAUGUGGCAUCAACCAGUGACCUGGGACCAAAACUUAGUGUCCUCUUCAACUAUUCUGGCCCUUGUCUCAGCAUCUCACUGAGCCAUGUGGAAACCACCCUGUAAUGUCAUUCCCAUUCUUCCCCCACUUGGUCCUUUCCCAUGGCCACAUGUAGCUGAAGCCCUUGUUAGCUGUCUCUCUGUUCUGUUUUAUUGACCCUCAAUCUUGAUGCUGUUGUCCAAGUAAUAUUCUGAAGCAUAGCUCUAACAAUGCCAGCGCUCUUUGCUUAAACUUCAGUGACCCAACUGCCUGCAGCAGAUCGUCCAAAUUCCCUUGCUGAUCAUGUGAGACCCUUCCUGAUGUGACUGUGCAAAUUGUCUGCCUCCUCUUCUAAGGGUCCCCAUGUACUCACCAAACUGAACUACAACAGGCCUUAAACGUUUCUGCCUCAGCUAAUCACUUGACAUACCUCCUCCCGUUGAAAUCCUGGUCCGUUCUUAUUUUAACUCUUUGAGGAAUCUUUCAGGUUCUGUCAUUUAUUUUAACUACCUGGUAACUUGUUUUAGCUCACUCACCCUGCAUUCAGUUUUCAGCAGCUCAAAGGCAGAAACCACAUUUCAUUUAUCUUUGUUUUCCCCCAACGUAGCACACUACUAGAGAAACUUGAACUGAAAUAAAUCAGAUUGAGACUCAGUUCAGAAAUCACUUUCUCAACUCAUGGUUAUAAAUUUUUACAGCUGGAAAUCAUCUGAGCAAAUCACCUUAUUUUACAUGUGAGAAAACCCAGGGUCAGCGAGGUGAAGUUACUUGCCCAGUCUUCCCUAGCUGCCCUUGCAUAGUUCUUCGCACUGUUCUGGUGAUAGUACUUGCAGCCUUGGCAUAGAGAGGUCUGUUUUCAUGUCUCCUCUCCCUCCCUGGCUAUAAGCAUCUUAACUUUGACACACUGCUCCUAGGUGAUUUCAGUUUGUCCUUUUGCUACUGGAAAUGUAGACUGGGAGCAGAGCUGGUUUCAGCAAAUAUGUGGGUGCACUGCCUGGAUGGACAUCUGCUGGCAACACUGUGGGCAGACUCCAAUUGAGGGGUGAAGAGUGAAACUUAACAUCAAGGCUGGAAGGAACCUUAGAAGACCAUCCAGUCCAGCCCCUCUUUUCUGCAGCAAAGAAACCAAGAAACAGAGACAGGAGUGACUUGCUCAAAAACUUUGAGUGGCAAAUGACUCAUCAGCUUUAUUGGCACAAGAGCAUUGACUUUGAAAUUGUAAAAUCAAAUGAUGCUGUUUGGAAAAAUUUCCCAGCAGUUAUGUGGCUUAAAGAAACUCCCAUGGUCAUGUGACUGCAGAAACUUCUGGGGCUGGUUGAAUGCAGUGUUUAAUAAAGUGGAUUAUGAACGCAUCAAGGAUGUGGGACCCGAUAGGGCAGCAUCUGAGUGGCUGCUGCGCUGUGGGGCCACGGUGCGCUACCAUGGCCAGGAGAGGUGGCAGAAGGACUACAACCACCUCCCAACCGGACCUCUGGACAAAUACAAGAUUCAGGCGAUUGAUGCCACCGACUCUUGUAUCAUGAGAAUUGGAUUUGAUCACCUGGAGGGCCUACAGCAUGUUGAAAAAAUAAGACUAUGCAAGUGUCAUUAUAUUGAGGAUGACUGUUUGGAGAGACUUGGUAAACUUGAAAAUUUACAAAAAAGCAUAUUGGAAAUGGAGAUAAUUUCAUGUGGGAAUAUCACAGACAGAGGCAUCAUUGCUUUAUAUCACUUAAGAAACCUCAAGUACUUGUUGUUAAGUGAUCUUCCUGGAGUAAGAGAAAAAGAAAACCUUAUCCGAACCUUUAAGACAGCACUGCCUUCUCUGGAACUAAAGUUAGACUUGAAGUAAAAUAAUAAUAUUCGAUAGGUGUCUUAUUUCAAUAUAAAGUAUCAUUUGAAAUUGUUGACCCUAAACAGCAAUAAAUAUUAUAUAAUCAUCAACAGA